AUGUCCCGGCCACCCGCACCGCCCGGUGGCCGGGCACCGCCAGUCCCGGGGCAUAACAGAGCAAGAAGUAACAGCGACCACGGGAAUCGCGAUAGCGUCGCGUCGACCGAAUCCGCACCUCAGCUCGCCGGCCUAUUCGCGGGCGGUAUGCCCAAGCUCAAGAAACGGGGUGGGGGUGUAGAUACCGGAGGUGCCAUCGGCCCCCAAACCACCGUCAAUGCCGAGACCACCCCUAGGUGCCGCACCCGCAGUUCCCUCGCUGCCAGGACGUUCAGCACCGACGCUACCGAUAGGGCCGCCAGCGCCGCCAGUCUCUCAGGCAAUAGCAAAUUUAAGGAGAAUAGCCACGGAAAGCCCACGACCAUUAUCUUCUGUAUCGAUAGCGUCGUCGAAGGGCCCCCCGCCGCCGAUUGGCAAGAAACCCCCACCUCCCCCUGGAUCAAGGAAGCCUUCGACUGCAGCUACGCCAUCUCUACCCUCCCACCCUCCCCCAAUACCCGGUGGCCCCGCGCCGCCUCCUCCCAUAUCGUUGGCGCCGGCACCGCCCGCGCCGCCACCUCCGCCACCGCUAUCCAGGCCGCGUUGAGAGCCGCAGGGGAACGCUCCUCGCCCUCCACCGCCCCGCCCGCCCCGCCGCCGCCGCCACCUGCCCUUGCGCCCUCACCCCCAUCUUCCGCCCCGCCACCCCCGGCCGCGCCCGCGCCCGCGCCCGCAGAAGCACCAACUAGCCGGCGACGCACGGGAUCGACGCGCUCAGGAGCGCGCUCAUCCAUGCUCGAUCCGAGCGCGUACACACUGGCGCGGAACGGAGCAGGCGGCAGCAGCAUCAAUCACGGCAGCAAAAGCCCCAGCCUGAGCCCGACGCCGACCGAAAGCGACGCGCCGAGCCCACGCGCAGCGGGAGGGCCGGCCCCCGAGCGGUACGUGGUCCAGGACAGCCGGUGGCGCUUCAAGGACGAGGCCGAGUUCCCCAAGCCCCGGAGCUUCCAGGGCGGGCCCCGCAGGUACCGCGCCGGCCGCGGCAGCAGCGUGCCGCUCGACCUCGGCGCGUUCUAA